CCGAGGAGGGGCGUUGUCCCGUCUUUUGGCUACAGUAGACUAGCUUUCAGCUUUCUACCCAGGCAGCCCCGAUGUCGCAAACCCUCCAUUAUUGAACGGAAAUGAGUGUGAGCCAUUACAAAACAUCUGUCCUGUACGAGGGAUAUGUCUCAUCAUGUCCUGUCGCAAUGACAACGGUUUGCUAAAGUACAGGUCCAGAGAUGAGCCCAGAGAAUACUUCCUGCUCACCCUCAGCUCCUCCACCAUACCUGAGACAGGACAACAAAGGGCACAGAGGAAAGGGGAAGUGGUACCGUUAAAAGAGUCCUCCUCCAUCUGCAGCUCUGCAGAACGCAACACCCACCUCGCAACAACGACCACAGGGGGAGAGAACGGCCAAACUAACGACGAGAGACAAUGACAAGACGGCAGGAGAGGUGAACACAGACGGAGACAACUCAACAAGGAGCAAGAAGAACAGAACGACAGACCUGAAGAAGAGGAGAACAAGAAGGUGGUGGUGUAACGGUUGAGAUGGAGCUGUGGCGUCACUGUGCCGUGUGGCUGAUAGAGUGCAGGGUGCUCCCUGAGAGUCACAGGGUAACGUGGGACAGUGCUCAGGUGUGUGAGUUAGCCCAAGCUCUGAGGGAUGGAGUCCUGCUCUGUCAGCUGCUGAACAACUUACUACCCCACGCCAUCAACCUCCGAGAGAUCAACCUCCGACCUCAGAUGUCCCAGUUCCUGUGUCUGAAGAACAUCCGUACGUUCCUGGGGGUGUGUCAGGAGAAGUUUCACCUGAGGAAGACGGAACUGUUUGAAGCCUUCGACCUGUUUGAUGUCAGAGACUUCGGCAAGGUGAUAGAUACCUUGUCCAUUCUGUCCCACUCACCCAUCUCCACCCAGAAGGGUUUCCAGUCUUUCCCAAUAGAUGGCUGUAUUGCUGAUGAUGAUAUCUACAGCGGCCUCUCUGACCAGAUUGAUGAAACAGUGGACGAGGAUGAUGACCUUUAUGACUGUGUGGAGGAUGAGGAGAAUGAGGGGGAUGAGAUAUAUGAAGACCUGAUGAGGGCCGAUGAGCCAUCGGAGACGCAGCAGCAGCAGAAGAUGGAGGUGGAUAAGAGAGAAUGCUGCCUACAGGAAAUCAGACAGACAGAGGAGAAAUACACUGACACGCUGGAGUCCAUAUUACAGCACUUUAUGAAGCCCCUCCAGAAGUUCCUUCAGCCUCACGACAUAGAGAGUAUCUUCAUCAACACGGCGGACCUGGCUGUAACCCAUCGCAGUCUGCUGGGGGAGAUCCAGACUUCUAUCUUAACCCUGAAUGCCGAGAACCUUUACCAGGUCUUCAUCAACUACAAAGAGAGGUUGUUGCCGUAUGGGCGGUACUGCAGCCAGGUGGAAGCAGCUACUAAACACCUGGACAAGAUGUCCGCCAUGAAGGAAGGAGUCAGAAUGAAACUAGAGGAGUGCUCUAAGAGGGCUAACAGUGGCAGGUUCUCUCUGCGUGAUCUACUCAUGGUUCCCAUGCAGAGAGUCCUCAAAUACCACCUACUGCUCCAGGAGCUGGUGAAACACACCUCUAGCACUACAGAGAAAGAAAACCUCCGGACAGCGCUAGACGCCAUGAGAGACCUGGCUCAGUGUGUGAACGAGGUAAAGCGAGACAACGAGAUCAUCAAACAGAUCACCACCUUCCAGUUGUCUAUAGAGAACAUGACUCAGUCUCUGGCUCUGUUCGGACGACCCAAGAUAGAUGGAGAACUGAAGAUCAGCUCCUCAGAGAAGAAGUCCAAACAGGACAGGUAUGCGUUCCUGUUUGACAAGGCGAUGCUAGUGUGUAAGAAGAAGAGUGGAGAGACGAUGGAACUGAAGGAGAUUAUAGACCUGCAGAACUACCAGCUACGAGACGAGACCACCGGGGAGAAGGACAGCAAGAAGUGGUCACAUUUUUUCCUGCUUAUAGACUGUUAUGGGAAGUCAGGAUACGACCUGUUCUUCAAGACCAGAGAUCUCAAGAAGAAAUGGCUGGAGCAGUUUGAGAUGGCCCUGUCCAACAUGUGUCCAGAGAACUGUACUGCCAACAAUCAUGACUUCCAGAUGCACUGCUUUGAAGAUACCACCUCCUGCAAGGCCUGCUGUAUGCUCCUCAGGGGGAUAUUCUUCCAGGGGUAUCGUUGUAGUCGUUGCAGAAUGGCCGCUCAUAAAGAAUGUCUGGGAAGAGUACCAGGCUGCGGACGCAACUCAGAACACUCAGCGACCGUGAAGAAGAAUCAGAAUAAGAAGUCAGCAUCUCACAGACCAGCCAGUACAGGCUUUCCUAAAAUGGAGGUGUGUCAGGAGUACUAUGGUUUGCCUCCGCCCCCUGUAGCGUUCGGCCAACCACUGCACCUCUCCAUGGGUGAUGUCAUCGAACUGACAAGAGCCGAUGCCGAACUAACGUGGUGGGAGGGAAAGAACGUGAUGAUUGGUCAGAUGGGUUGGUUCCCCUGCAGUAAGGUCCAGCCCUUCAUCUCUAGAUCAACUCCUGACCUAUCUGACUUCCUAUGGUUUGCGGGGAACAUGGACCGGUCAGCGGCGAAGAACCUCCUGAUUUCACGGUCGGACGGAACGUUUCUGGUCCGCCAGAAAGACGGAGGAGAGUUCGCAAUCAGCCUCAAGUUUAACAUGGACAUCAGACACAUCAAGAUCACGUCAACAGAAGGCCUCUACCGCAUCAACGAGAAGAAAGCAUUCAAAGGAUUAAUCGAGAUGGUUCAGUUCUACCAGCAACAUUCACUGAAGGAGUAUUUUAAGGAUGUGGACACCACCCUCCAGACCCCCUUCAACCAGCCUGAACAGAGUGAUACACCCUUCAACACACCCUCCCCAGGUACACAAACACACACCACCCUCCAGACCCCCUUCAACCAGCCUGAACAGAGUGACACACUCUUCAACACACCCUCCCCAGGUGGCAGUAUGCGUUCGUUCAGCACAGCUAGGGCCAGGUAUGACUUCUCAGCCAGAGACCGUACAGAGCUGUCUCUGAGAGAAGGAGACACAGUCAAAGUCCUGUCUAAGAAGGCUCACAAUGGAUGGUGGAAAGGAGAGGUCUAUGGACGAGUCGGUCUGUUCCCAGCUAACUAUGUAGAAGAGGAUUACUCUGAAUACUGCUGAUGUCGCCUCACAUCUCCACCUGUGUGACUCCUGCUGAUGUCGCCUCACUGUCACACCUUCACCUGUGUGUGAAAGAGACAGUGUGUCCCAAUUCAAUCCCUACCCCCUCCCUUGGCCCUAACCUGUGCAGUCAAAAAUGUGAUUUUUACCGUUUGUUUUUUCAACAAUAUUUCCACACUAUGAGGUCGAAAUAACACUCUGAAAUUGUAGAAAAAAUUAUGAUAAUGUCCUUGUAGCAUUUAGAAAACAAUGCUUGUAAUUUGGUCAGGUGGGAUGGAGAUUUUGGCCCACAGCAUGACAUCACAAUCUGAUCCCAUUUUUCUGACCAAUGACCAGUCAUCUUUUAUUUGCAUAUGUAUCCUCCUACUUUGAAGGGGUAAGCAGGUUAGGCUCUAGUGCAGGGAUGGGCAACUCCAGUCCCACUGUUUCCCGAGCAAACACAGCUGAUUAAACUGACUGUAUUCUGAACUGAAGAUCAUGAUCAUUGCAUUACUGCAGUCAGGUGUCUUAGCUGGGGCUGAAGCUGGACCAAUCAGGCCCCCGAGGACUGGAGCUGUCCACCUCUGCUCUAGAGUCUAGACAAUCCUAUCUGCCAAUCGGGGCUGUGUAUGUAAAUAUAUUUAAAUUUCUAUCAACACGCCGACACGAUCAGACUGAGCAUUCCAAUGGCAAAAGGAGGCUCAGGGAACUAAAUUAUUAAACAUUUGAAGUUAUUUUCAUGAAAUAAACACAGCGAUUUAUUAGACAUCCAAUGAUGAUUUAAAAUUGAAAAGACUGCGUAGAGACGUUAAAUGUUUGCCUAGAUCUGCAAGAUAGAGGCAAUAUGGUGGAAGCUUUACCACUACCAUAGAGAAUGAUAGAGGCCUCUAGUGGCCAAAAGGUUGUAUUAGCAUGGGGCAUUGAGGGCUUCCACCAUUUUAAUGUAGUCAACUGGAGGGGCCUUCCAACUUCAUUGGCUGAUCCCUCCUGGUGACCCUGUUGGGAGUCAUGUGCAACCCGGGUCAUCAGGAGGUAUCAGCCAAUUGUGAAGAAGAAAAUGGACUACUUCAAAAUGGCCUCAAUGGCACAGACACGAUGGGGCCUCUUUCCUUCUCUAUGACCCGCCCUCCACACGGUUACAGCCCCUUCAGACAUGUUAACGUCGAGACACCCCUGGCUUCCUCCUAUGUGUAGAACUCAAUGCACCGGUUCAAUGUUUCUGCUGUGAAUAAAACCUCUGACUUA